AUGAGACCCCAACAUCCACAAUACCAAUCCCAAAAACCUCCAUAUCCAGAAAAUUCUUAUAACCCUCCAAAUUACCAACACCCUCCACAACAAGGUCAAUCAAGUGGUAACCAUCAAAUGAGCCUUCAAGAACUUGUCACUUCUCUUGCUCAAAGUCAAACCCAAUUUCAACAAGAAACCAAGAAUACUUUCUCCAACAUUCAAGCACAAAUUGGAGAUUUGGCAACCGCUAUCAACAAGAUAGAACAAAGGGGUAGACUUCCAUCUCAAACCGAGAAGAACCCCAAUGUGAGUGCAAUAACUUUGAGAAGUGGCCAAACACUUGGAGAAAGCAACCCCAAAAGAGUUUCAAGAGAAGAAGAAGAUGAGGUUAUUGUUGUUGAGCCUUCGAAGGUUGAAGCUACUCCAAAGGAACCGAUUGUGCCAAAUGUUGAUCAACCCAAUCCUUCCAACAAAACCCAUCAAACCAUUGGUCAUACCACCUCCAUUCCCUUCCCGGUCCAAAUCAACAUUCCACUAUUGAAUGCUAUUAAGCAAAUUCCAAGUUAUACAAAAUUCCUCAAGGAUUUAUGCACCAAGAAGAGAAAAUUCAAGGCAAAUGAAAAGAUUCAAGUCAAUGUUAAUGUGUCUACGGUUAUCCAAAAGAAGCUUCCACCCAAAUGCAAAGACCCGGGAAUGUUUGCUAUACCUUGUACCAUUGGUGAUUUACAUGUUGAAAGUGCUAUGUUAGAUGUUGGAGCCUCGAUCAAUGUGAUGCCAUAUUCGGUUUUUCAAUCUCUCAAUGUUGGACCUUUGGAAGAAACUGGAGUAAUCAUUCAAUUAGCAGACAAGUCAAGUGUGUCUCCAAGAGGAGUGUUGGAGGACGUGUUAGUACAAGUUAAUCAACUUGUUUUUCCAGCGGAUUUUUAUGUCAUUGAUCUUGUAGAGAAGACUCCUUCCAAAUCAUCUAUGAUCCUCCUUGGAAGACCUUUCAUGCAUACCGCUCACACAAUCAUUGAUGUCCAUAAAGGAAAGAUAACUAUGGAGUUUGAUGGAGAAACCAUUCACUUCAACAUCUUUGAAGGAAUGAGGUACCCUAGCAAUAUUUCUCCAUUGUAUCGGGUUGAUGUGAUUGAGCCAAUAAACAGGAUAAGCCCUAAUGUAUGCACAGACAAGAUAAUCAUGGAAGAUGAUUGUAAUCCUAAGAGGGAACCUCAAAGAAGAUUGGAUCCUCCAAUGAUGGAAGUGGUCAAGAAGAAGAUAAUUAAAAGGUUCAAAAGGUGCAAAGAGAAGAAAAAGGCAUUUCAUGACAAGCACAUCACCCAAAAACACUUUAUUCCGGGUCAAAAAGUUCUUCUUUAUCAUUCACGCUUAAAGCUAUUCCCGGGAAAAUUGCGAUCUCGAUGGCAUGGACCUUUUAAUGUUAUAAAAGUGUUUGAUCCUAGUGUGGUUGAAAUCAAGAGUUUGGAAACAAACCAAAUCUUCAAAGUGAAUGGGCACCAUUUGAAACUAUUUUAUGAAGGCUUUGACACGGGAGAAUUCGACAACGUAACAAUGGAAACACCGAUUUACGAAGGUUGA